CAGUUCUAACCUAAAAAUUCGAAAUUUGCAAAAUAUUUUGUAAUUUUGUUUUGUUAUCACAAAAAACUGAUUUUAUUUAUAUUUUCUGUAUAAAAUAAGUAAAUUGUAUUAAUUAAAAAUAAGAAUAAUGUUUAAAUUAGCAACAAGAUUACGACAAAAAGUAUUUAAUUCAGUUGUAAAUUUGCACAAAACAAGAACAAAUUUGUUGACAAAUGUGCGGGAGAAAUCUUCAUCUUCGAGUUCUACACAGAAAAAAGAUAUUAAAUCAACUUUGUAUUAUGUGACUGCCGGUGGAGUACUUAUUGUUGGAUUUAGUUAUGCUGCCGUGCCACUUUAUAGAAUGUUUUGUCAGGCUUAUAGCUACGGUGGAACAACUGCAACCGGUCAUGAUGCCGAAAAAGUAGAAAAAAUGGAAAAAGUUUCCGAUCGAGUGAUAAAAAUUCGUUUCAACGCUGACAUAGGUGCGUCGAUGAGAUGGAACUUUAAACCACAGCAAUAUGAAAUUAAGGUGGCCCCCGGUGAAACGGCAUUAGCAUUCUAUACAGCAAGAAAUCCUACAGAUCUUCCAGUCAUUGGAAUUAGUACCUACAAUGUGAUACCCUUCGAAGCGGGUGCAUAUUUUAAUAAAAUUCAAUGUUUUUGUUUUGAAGAACAACAAUUGAAUCCACAUGAAGAGGUGGACAUGCCGGUUUUCUUUUACAUUGAUCCAGAGUUUGUUAGCGAUCCAAAAAUGGAAAAUAUUGAUACAAUAACGUUAUCUUAUACUUUCUUUGAAGCUAAAGACGGUUUAAAGCUUUCCAUGCCCGCUUAUGCUAAAGCCCAUUAAUUUCAUGUAGGAAUAAAUAAAUACUAGUCUAUUGAUUUUCAAAAAAAAUAAAAAACUGUUAAUUAUUUUUUUUUAAUAAAAUACCAACUGUAAAUAAAAUUAAGUAUGUUGUUUGCC